CAGUCCCUGCUCCACAGGGGCAGGAGCGGGAUGCGGGAGGCUCCGUCUGCCUGAGUCACGCUAGGACCUUCUCCUGCCUGGCGUGAGGCUGGGGAGGGGGUACCUCCGUGCCCUGCCUCUACUUCCUACCCUGUGAUGUGAGGCACAGGCAUGCUCAGUAGCCGGUGCCUACCCCUCCUAGCUCAGCAACAGUGCCUACCACACUAGGAGACUGCUGGCAGCAGGAGCGGAGCCGGAAAGCCAUCUUUGCUGGAGAGGGAGGCAGCAGCCCCUGCGCCGCUCGGCACCCGCUCGGCUGCCCACCAUGUCUGCUCCAGCUCCUACCCAAGGUCCCACCAGUGCUGGGGCUGCAGUGCCACCUCCUGCUACCAAACGGCUGCAGCAGACACAAGCCCGGGUGGAUGAAGUGGUAGACAUCAUGAGAAUGAACGUGGACAAGGUGCUAGAAAGAGACCAGAUGCUAUCAGAGCUUGACAACCGAGCAGAUGCAUUGCAAGCAGGUGCCUCACAGUUUGAAACCAGUGCAGCCAAACUGAAGAGAAAAUACUGGUGGAAAAAUUGCAAGAUGAUGAUCAUCCUUGGUGUAGUAUGCGCAGUCAUUCUCAUUAUAAUUAUAAUUUAUUUCUCCACUUGAAAAAGCAGAGAAGGAAGACUUGGCACAACUUUGUUCGUAUCAACCAACGAUAUCAGUAUUCCUUUGUUGAAAUCUGCUUUUUAAUUCCCGGUGUCUUGGGAUUUUUGCUUGUAAUAACCCAUAAGCAUUCAGUGUGGUGUGUUUUGGAAUUCUGUUGUUUCCACAAGAAACUGUACCAGCUAAAUACUGCCAAGUAGUUCCAUACACUGUCUUAUCACUGUGUCUUAAAAUGUGUACGCACUGACCUUCAGAAACUGUAGUAUAUGAAAAGCAUCCUAAACCAUCUAAGAAUCAGGGAAUGCAGCUAUGGGGAAGCUCCUGCUUAAAGGGACACUGUCAGGUGGAUUGGACCCAAACCUAAGGUUACAGCAAACGUUAGGGCCAAAAUUCUCAAUCUGAGCACCUAAAGUUGGAUGGCAAAACCCACAAUCAGAUGUAACUUUCUGAGGUAGUAUCUGCUACUCACAUUGAAGAGAGUGGUACCUACAAGUAUUCAUGUAAGACAUCUUAUUUCAACUUAGCCAAGCAAACACAGAUUUUCUGAGAUUAGUUUUAUGAUCCAAGUCUAAAAGCAUUGCCUGCAGAAAAUAAAUAGGACUGGAUGACCAUCUUUUAUAGAUUUAAAUAUUUUCCUAAUGGGGUGUUCUGUGCAACCAGGAUGGCCUCAAUAUAAAAGCCAGAAGGAAAACUGUAUGACACUCAAGAAAGCAUUAGCUAGCACAAGCUUGAAAAAGCCAAGUGAAAUGCGAAAAUGGUGGUAGAGGCAUCACAAAUGACCAAGAUACAGACUCUUGCUAAAAACUGAAGGUGCUAUUUGUCAGACUUCAUGGGACUCUUGAAUGCCAAUCCCCAAUACUUACAGCCCUAAUUUAAAGCACAUGAGCAACUUUUGGUGAUAUCUGUGGCUUCCCAGCAGAACUGUAGGAAGCUGCCUCUGCACCAUUUUGCAGAAAUGGUCCCCACUGCGAGAACCAUUCAAAAAUCAGGAAGGAGAAGGUAUAGUUAAAUAGAGGAACAGUGGAGAGAGGCCAAGAAAGGGAAGGGUGCCUAGCAAAGCUUUCCUGGGGAAGAGGAAGGCAGAGAAACGCUGUUCAAGUAUGGUGUUAAUAGGCUUUUAAAAAAUCUGAUUUAAUUCGUAUGUGUGUGUGUGUAUAGUUCAUAAACUGUAGUGUUGUCUUUGUAAAGCGCUCAGCUAAGCUGUUUUUCGUACUCAGUUUAAACUAACAUUAGAUGUAAUUAGGAGAAAUGACAUAUUGAGAGAAGGUUCUUGUAUGCUACUGUAGGGAUUCUCCCAAAUGUUGAAUUCCUAGGGGUUUGUUUCUUUUUUUUUUUAACACUGGAUAGUUUAAUCAUAGUUAACCAAACUAAAAAUGAACUAUCAAAUUUUGAGCCAGGAAAUUCUGAAAGGCUCUAUUUAGUAUAAAUGGUGAUAAUAGUAGUGUAAAUAUUCCCACUGUUGAGCAUCUCUCUUGUCAUUGUUUUAGAUUAAAAAGUCAGAAACACAGACCAGUUCUUUGCAGUGGAUGUAUCUACAAAUUGAAGUAGAAUUUUGCAGAGAAUAAGCAAGGAUUAGUUGAAAGGUUCCAGUUGCACAUUUUUCCUUAUGUAUUUAUUACUUCAUAUUCACAUGUGCAAUUUCAUAUCAUUAACCACUAAGUGGUCAGCGGCUUAGUGAAUCUUAACUUUCAAAGUUACUAAUGUGCUACUGGACUCCCUGUUCACUUCAGUCCUUCAGCUGAGUGAGUACAUACACAAUUCGAAAAUCCUAAAUUCCACACAGAAAACUGCUGUCAUGAAAGGCUUGGCUCCAUGAGGUGCCACAGCUGAAUGCUAUAUCUAAUUGCUUCUUUGCUAGAAAAGGAAUUAGCCAUCCAACUUCAGGCCCCUUUUGGCUAGCUGAUAGGAAAGAAUUAUCUCCUAAGAGUGAGACCCUGCCACUGAUAUGCAUGUUGAGCGUGGCUUUAUCCUCACAGGGGUUUUCUACAGGAAUGCUGAAAGGACUCAUGAGAUGAAGAUAGCUUUCAUUGGAGACGGUAUGAUCAGUAAGGUUAUAUGCUGAUACAGAUCCUUAACACAGACAGUGCCUUCUCUUAUGAGUCUGAACUGACAACUGAUACAGCUGCAAAUACACGUCAAAGAGUUUGAAUCCUCUAGCUACAAAGAUGUAAAGUUUCCAAAUGAAACUGCUAUAAGGAUGCAAAGCUUACAUCCUAACAUAUCUCAAGUAAGUUAAUGAUCAAAGUGGGAGCUUUAGGGAAGAGUGGAGAAGAAAAACUGCUGGUUGUGGAAUGUCUACUUAUUCUCCCUCAAAACAGUAACUAAUGGCGAUGACUGCUAAAUGGUGAGAAUUUGCAAGGAAGAGUUUAGUCAAGAAACCUAGCCUUUAGUGAGUUGUAAAACAUUUGUGAAGAGACAAUUUCCUCUGUGUGCUAAUGAAAUAUGCUAAAUUAAUGUGUUUAACUCUUCAGUUGUUUGUAUAUUGUGUGUUCGUGAAUGCUCACUGUUUGCUAGUUGUGCUGUGCUGGUUGGUUGCAAUCGGCUAAGAUAAGCCACAUACCAUUUCCAAUUCAACCCAGGAAGCAUGAACAAGUAUGUCCUUCCCUGAUGCACAGACCCAAAGUCGAACUGCUCCUGCAGAGGCUUAGUUCUUCUGCAAGGAGAACAUAGUAAAAUAGGACUGUUCAGGGUCAUAGAUUGUGCAACACCAUCACAUAUAUGUAGACUCGUACAGAGGACAACCUAUAGAAGCACAGUUGGAGAUCUUAUUUGUGUUGAAGCCAGGAAUGAUUGCUUUCAACUCACUGCCUCUACAUUUAAAACGUCCAUGCAGUUACAACUGCUUACUUGUAAUAGUAAAUUUCCCCUGAAAAUAUUAACUUGUUCUUGUUUCAUGAGCACUGCCUAGAAUUUAAAUUACUGGGUAGAAUUUCAACUACUACUCCUCAUUGAUAACUCCUGCAGUGGCUUUUACCUUGGACUGAUAAAAAGGCACCAAAGGGCUUCCUUUUACCCACUCCUCAGCAAACCCUCAGGGGGCUGCAAGCUUGAUUGCUUUCUGACUGCCAUCUUGGGGACUGAACUGAGGACUUCUCUGACUAGAAGCAGAGAUUUUGCUAGCUUUAGCCAGCGCUAGACAUUGUCUGAGACUUGCAUAUUCUAUCCUUUAAGCACUUCCUCUUCGUGGGAUUUCUGGGCUACAGCUGUACAGCUAGGAUGCCAUUCAGAAACUGCAUAUAUGAAAUGGGAUGGUUAGGAGCUGGUCUGUGCUUGCACCACAGCUGCUGUUUGGCUUGCCAAUGAGUGCUGCUGAGGUUGAAGAAGUGUUAUAUGCAUCUACUAUCCACUGACAAGUAAGGUCCUGCUUGGGCAUUACACCUUCUUUCUAAUUUAGCUCACCUUGCAACAUCCUAAAUGUGGCUUCAAGCCGAAAAACAUUGGUACAUAGAACUUGGCAGGAGCAGGUAGUGUGGAAGCCCAAACAGGGCAUCUGACCUGACUUUCACUUGACAACAUUAUGUAAUAGCACAGUCAGUCCAACAUAGUCCAACAUAAUCCAAUAUUAUUAGGAGGAGGGGAGAAUCUGAUAAAGAUUCUGAAUGUAACCUAGGAUCUGUAAGACAAGAAGUGGUUUAGAAAUACAGUUGGUUUGAUUAUUUAAAGCUGGCACUUGAAUUCUAUUGGAACCUGCAUGAGAUUAGUCGUAGGAACAGAUCAGGCAAGUAAAAUACUUGGCAUUUUUCCUUUUAAAACAGUGAUCUGCAAUAAGUGAUUUAAACACUUUGGAUGGAAGAACAGGACACUAUUAUCUGUGCAAGGAAUUAACUACAAAAGCCACCAUCUGCUAUGUUUUGUCUGGGUAGCAAGACCUUUUGAAAUUCUCCUGUUUCUGUGUCUUACUUCUGUCACUGUUCUCAUAGGGCUUCACGUAAGUUUAACCUUACGAACAGCUGAGCCAUUCUUGUCCGAACACAAUGGAUUUUAGUUCUUAAGAAAAAGUUUAUGAGUUGACAUCUGUGUUAGAGCAUACCUGUAAAAUGGUGGUAUCUGCUUCUCAGAAGUGCAUCUACCAUGGGAGACUCAAACUCCAGGAAUUUCCAGAAGCUCAGAUAUUACUCGGCUCUUUUUCAUGCUUUCACAGAGCGAGGUUUUUCUGUUUUCUAUGGGACUUUAUCCAGCCAGAAGGAAGUAUCUAUAAUCUAUUAUUUUUUUAUGACAGUGCCUUGAUCACACAUGUUGACGCUAGAACUUCACAAAGAACCUAGAGAGCGCUUGAGUGUGAUCCAGGAUUUAGAUAUCAACCCUGCUUCUCCUGCCCUUUAAACAGUGAAGAGGGCUAAACCAGUAGCCAUAUAAGGCACUGGGCUUGCACCCAAUGUGCACAGAGUGUUGGAGAAAGGCCUUGAAGAGACCAAAGUCUCUUUUGUCAGGAUUUGUGUCCUGACCUGAACUUUGGACUCACAACAGAUCAUAACCUUUGGGCCCGCUGUGUAGCCGUAAGAGAGAGAUGUUCUUCCAGCCAGUUCUUCCUCUCACCUGAUUUAGGUCCCUUUUGCUAGAUGAGAUGUGUUCAAGCAUGUGUUUGUUCAUGCAAGAGAAAGUGCAAGCGCCUUCAAAUUACCUUAUUUAAAAGCAAAACUGAAAAGCCUGAAGAAUGUAACUUGGAAAAAAAUUAACUGUAUCUGGGGAAAUGCUGGCUGUAGAUUUCUCAGAUGGUGACGUUAUUUUCAGGAGGGAUACUAAAUUUGGAUGUUUGAAACAAUUAAAUCAGAACCUCAUAUCAAUUGUUCUUUCUUCAUCUGGUCUCCUUCAGAAGCACUUCUCUGUUCCACUUCAAGAAAGGAUUUUAUGUUCCUUUUCAGCAAAUUUUCCUUCCCUAUUUCAUUAAUGUAUGUCUCCAUUGAUGUGCUCAGAAGCUCUUUUUCUCCAUUGAGAACCAGAAGACUGACUGUCUUUUAACACAUGCAUAGAGAGAGAUCUGAGCCACCCAAGGAGUUUACCUUUCUUCCUGAUGCACUGACAUUUAAAAGCUACAUCUUACAACAAAGCAGAAAAACUGUGGCAGUCCAGUUACAUGCAGUUUUGGUGGAGUAAACACUUGAUUAUUCAAGAAUGAGUCAUUUCUGCAGUAACCUCAUUCUGUCAUGACUGUAUCACAUCUGCUAACUCUCCAAAGCAAAAAAUCAUAACCUGUACUGGUUUAAAACAGCAUGGUUUAGAACAGCCUCGUGGUUCAUAUGUAACACUCUAUUCAGCUGAAGAAGCCAUGUGCUUUAAGUUUAAAAGGGCAAAGUAUUUGUUCUCAAAGAGCAAAUAUCAUAGAGAACAACAAAGAUAAUUAUGAAAAAAGCUUCUCCAAUCUUUAGCUCUUCUCACAGUGUCCAGCUUCUCCAUUAUUUUUCCAGACUCUCUUCAUCCUGUUAAGAAAGCCUUUGUGGUUUUGGGAUGUAGAGCAUUUGGAACACAGCAUAUUGGGGCUAGGGUUGUUCAGCUGCCCUUUGAAUUGACUCCCUGCCUUCUGCCAUAUUGUUAUUGCUGGCCUCAACCAGAGCUGAGGCAGACCUGAGUGGAGCAGAACCUCCUCCCCAUAAUGCCCUUCUGUCCUUAAACCAGCCUCCCCUGAUGGGACAAGAACGUUGGAGGCAGAAUAUGGCUCCUGGAUCCUAAUGUGGUUCAAAAUGAUGGGAUACAAAAGAAAGGUCCUGACUGGUACACAACAGCAUUUUUGCUGUUACAUUUCUUGUAACAGUAAUUUCAUAAAUUUUGAUGGAAAAAAAGAGGAAACAGCAAAUAAGGAUAGUGUCGUAACGACAAGAUAGUAAAUUGGGAAAUGGCUUAAGUGAAAUAUAGCCAACAUUCAGUAAACUCCUUUUUAUAAGUGGUUACCCCUAAGAGCACCUUUUGUAUGUUAAAACUAAGCAGUGCUAGUCUAUUGAAGUGUAUAUAGACUACUAUUUAAAAUGAACUAUGACAAACAGUAGGUGAAUUUACUUCACUUUUUUUCUUGAAAAUGCAGAAGAAAUAUGCAAGAAGGGUGAUCUAGUGUGUUUUGCAGAGAGCAUCAUUUGGAAUAUAGCCUCCAAAGACAUGCUGCUGUUGUCACCUACAGAAGUGAUCAAGGACUUAAUCAAAUGAGGGCUCCAGGGUGCUUGGUGCAGUAAAGAUACACAGCUAAUGCCCAUUUUGUUGUAUAGCUCUUUGGUCUCAGUAAUGAAAUCUUUUUGACACAGCAUGAGUAUUUUGCUUACCCUUGCUCCACUCUAGUAUCUAUGCUUGUCCACUAAUGAAUGGUCCAAGGAGAGGAUGGAAAAUCACUUUGCUGAAUCCAUUACAUUUCUGUCAUGUAUACAUGAACACGUGGUGGUGUACUGAGUUUUUGUAAUGAAAAGAGUUUAAAGGAAGUAAGAGGUUGCGAUAUUUUAAAUUAUCCUUUGAAAUUAGUUUCUCCCCCUGAUAAGCUGCAGGUUUGCUUAAAGUAAGGGUAAAAAAUGGCAGCUGACAUUGUUUUCUUUGUAAGAUCAAUAUGUGAGAUAGUGCAUAUAAUGGAGCUACAAAUUCAUAGAUGCACAAUGCAUAAUUGUUUUCAGAAGUUCAGCUACUAAUACUUAUCAUAUUGACCUGAAAGGUUGCAACAAUUUCUCCAUUAGUCAUGGUAGUGUUGGCUAGACCUGAAAAUUCAGUGGUCAGUGUGGUUACUGUGCUGCUAGCAAGCUACAGUGUACUAAAUAAUGCAAGUUCAGCCUUUCCUGAAACUUAAAGGGAAAAGAAAUUCUGAAUAAAAGUAGGAAUGUAUAGUAAAGGCCAUGGGUAUACAGUUUAACCAUUACUUAUUUAGAUGUUGUUUAUUAGUUAAGCAAUUAGCAGCUCUAGAAAUAGUCAAAUAAUUAGCUUCCAAAACCUAUUUAUUGGUGAAAGAAUAUUUUUUUCUUAUUAGAAAUGCUAAGUUAAAUCUAUAUUCCGUUUGCUUUUUUCCUCAGACUGGAAAUAAAAUUCUAAUGUAGCUAAGACACACUCACACAUUUGCACAAUAAAAUGUUACUGAAAGCCCACUACUCGUCAUGAAAAACAUCAUUACUUUGUCUUGCCAAUUAAAAGUCCUCCCUCCCCCGACCACAUACGUGGUAAAAUAUUAGUCACAUUAUGUAUAUCAGCACCACUGAAAGAUUAGAAAUUGGUACCUCCUACUCAAGAGCAGGGCUUAAAAACAUCCUUUGUCUGUUGCAGAAAUACAUUUUGAGGGGGAAACACCAACUGUUGUAGAGGUUAAAUUUUUAUUUGACAACUCCUAUUCUUUUUUCCUCCCCCUUUCUGAAAGAAGUGCUUAUAUACGUAGACAAGCAUUUGCCAUUUGGGUGGUAUAUUCUUUUUCCAAGUAUGAGAAAGAUGAAACAUAGCCAGUAUCUACUGUGAGCAACCUUUAGUUUGUUUUGCAGCAUAAAAAGUUCUCUUAGUGGCAACAUAUGAACUCUUAUUAUAAACUUGUUUUAGUCAUGGCAGGAAAUGAGUUUGUAGCCAGCUAAUUAGUAUUUUCCUUAACAACUGAUGCUUGAGCCUUAACGCAGAAAAGCAGCCUCUGGAGGUACUAGCUAAUCAAUUCAGCACCGUAGACUUAAAAUGGACAGACGGUUGAAAAUUUCACACUCUCCAGCCCAGAGUGAAGAGCAAAAUAGGCCCUGUUCUGGAGUGACUUCUAUAUUUGCUUAAGCAUAUAAAGAUUUUCCAGUCUCUGUUUAAAAAAAAAAAAUCCUUGUUUAUCCUUACUAAAUCCAGGCUUGAUAUGGAAUCUGUGCCGCGUUCUAAUUCAGGAGAGGAAAAGCCUUUCCUUUGAAUGAUAGAAAAAUUAGGUUGGAAAGGACCCCUGGGGUUUAUCUAGUCCAAUCUCCUGCUUGAAGCAGGGUCCCCUUUGAGGUUGGAUCAGGUUGCACAGGGUUUGUCUGGAUGAGUUUUGUGGUGAUUCUACAGUGAGUUCUGCCACUGGAUAUAUUCUCUUCCCUACCAAGGUUGAUAAAAGAAAGUGAAGUGUGCACCUUCAUGUUUCUGCCUUUUUUUGGUGCAUUGAUCUGAUUAGAAUGAAAUUCAGGUCCAGUGGGAGUACAUAUAACCCUUAUUUUUCAAAGAGCUUCCGCUGACAUCAAGAACUUACUUUCUUCCUUGUCUACACUGGACUAAGCCCAAUCUGAUCACACUGAGGAUAUCAGUGCAUUCUCUCCCCUGUAUGAGAAGCCUGCUCCUCAGACACUGAAGCUGAGGAUAGGCACAGGAUCAGAUUCAGCACAUAUGGUAAAGCUUAGUUCUGUACUGUCUGAGGUUAGUGACAAAAUCUGUAUUGGCUACUGAGUUACUAGACUGGCACCAAAGAAAGAAGAGGAUUUACUGAGAUUACUAUUUCUCCUCGCAAGUCACCUUAGCAAUGCCACCCCUCUUUGAAAUGCUGCUAGAAUUGUGAUGGAAAACAAAAACCUUUCUUCUACCUCUUCCCUUUUAAUUCUUCAAGCUUUACUUCCACUAGGAAUAAGCAGAAAUAAGUUUUCAGUUGCCCUUUUAAAAACUAAACUCCAGACCAAAUCUUUAACUGCAUCCCUUUAAAGGCCACACAGUAGUGUUAAGCUGUGUAGUAAUGCACUCAGAAAGGAUCUGAAAAAUCUGUGUUGAGAACAGCAUCUCUCACCUCAUAGACUCAGCUGUACUGAGCAAAAAAUUGUGGUCUGUGCCUCUACAGAAAACAUUCCAUUUGCAUCUUAUUAGAGCUACCUGUGGAGGAAAAAUCAUGUUGUGGUGGCCAGGAAAUUUCUUAAAGUGCUUUACCUGGAGGUCAGUGGAAUUCCAUUCAUAAACGAUGAGUGCAUGCAUUUUGAUGCUGAAAUUGUGAAGACUUACAAAGUUUGAUAUUACUGUACUGUUCUGUGGACAGUGAUUUUUUUUGAAGUGGUGACAUAUUUUCCAAGAAUAUUGUAGACAUUUGUAACAUGUAUGUUUGUGCCAAUAAAUCUUGUUUUAAGAAGUU